AAAGGCAUUGAUUUUGUACUACGUACAUUUAGAUUUUAUGACAUGAAGAUUUAUAGACUAUAGCAAUCCAUGAUAUAAAUUUUCAAAAAUUGGUGUUAUUUAUAUUGCAAAGCUAUUUAUAGUGCUUAUCAUAUCAGGUGAAUUUCUGGUAUGAAGUGUUUAUAUAUAACACAAGGAUUGAGUAAGAACCUAUAUACAGUGUACUGUACAUAGUUCAAAAUUAUACACACAGGAAUAAUUGUCAUAAAAUUUGUGUCCGAUAUAUAUGAUACAAUGUAUGUCAAAUCAGAUUUGCGAACAUGUACAGUACGUUAUUCAAGUUUUGUUGUAUCAUUUAACUUAUAUAUGAUGACAAAUGUAAAAUUUAAGCAAAAAUAACUUCAUUAUUAAUGCAGGGAUUAUAUAUCUACUUUCACUUUACACAUGUAAGUCUAAGCUUACAUCGGAAAUCCCAAUUCAAACAGGAAGUAUUUUAAAUGCUAGCUUAAUUGUUAUGUGAAGUGGAAUUCCACAUAGUGUACUGUUCUUCAGAGCAUUUUUUGUGGAACAUUACUACAGCAUAUUGAAUACAUAUAAUGGAAAUAACCAAUUUGUUUAAUUAGUGCGGAAAUGAAUAAUGUAUAAUUGGUCAAAUUGAAGAUCUUAUGUUACAAUAUAGCUGCUACUUAUAUAUAAUGAGGUGUUUGAAGAAGUGAUUUAGUGGACUUUAAUUGAUAUAUGGAUUGUUAUUUUGUCAUGAGAACCAGGAAGAAUGUUAAUCAGUGGUGAUAAAGAAAAUUCCACUAAUAACUUUUAAAAGAAAAUUUAAGAGAUGAGUUACAGAAAUGGUAUCUGUCCUAACAUAGACUGGUGACACAUUCAGCUACCACCACCUUCUGUGUCACCAUGGAGAAGCGUUAUAUGACAGUAGACAAGGAGUCUUUGGCUCAGGGAAUAGCGGGCAUGCGAGCUGCCUUGAUACCUUAUGUACUAGAAAAUAUACCUCAGAACUGUACUAAAGAAAUGUGUGCUUUGUGUCGAGUGCGCUGUGACCUAAACAUGAAAUACCGUGUGAUUGACAUGGAGAAGUUGAUUCGUGAGAACUCUGAGGAACUGGAACAACUAAAGAAAAUUGGUUUUGCCUUCAACAUUCUUGAGAAAUAUGCACGUCAUUUGCUGAAACCACUCAAAAUUAGAGCAGAUAUGUGGAGAUAUGUCAAGUUCAGCAACUCUUUUUUCAAAGAGCGUGUGGAUGUUAUCAAGGGAGGUCGAGAAAUCAUGCGGAAGAUGGGAUAUACUGAAGAUAUUGAUGGGGGCAUGGCGUUCCCAGAGGAUAAAGACAGUGAACCUAAUGUUAUAGUAGAACUUAUCUGCGACAUUAUUCUCAUGAAAUAUGAAAUCACUAACCUUCUGAAUGGACAGCACCCAGCACCAGAUAUUCUUGCCGAUCUGUUACAGCCAUCCACAAAACACGAGUUGCAAGUGUUGCACUCAAUAUUGGACUUCAGACGAAAUAACAGAGACACAUCAGAGAAGAAAGAACCUGUUCAAAAUUUUGUGAUUCCCUUAGUUAAGCCUGCUAAAAUUAUACCCACAUUUCCGGGGACAGAGGGAUACACUCAGGAUUUUGGACAGGAAGGUUUUACUAUGGGACUUCCUGAAGAGGUGAGGGAACAAGCCCCUGGCCACAGGCAUCCUGGGGCACCCCACAUACCAACCAUUGUCCAACAAGCCAUGGACUCUGUAAACACAUCAGAGAAUUCAGGACAGCAACAAAAAUCCAGUUCCGUUGGUGAUGUGAGCUCUGAGGUGAAUGAGAAUGAUCAGUCAUGUAAUAGUGUGGUGUGUGACAUCUGUGGUAAGCAGGCACCUGAUUUGGUCUGUUCACAAUGUGACAACAAACAGUUAUGCACCAACUGUGACCAAAGAUGGCAUACACAUCCUAAACGCAAAAAUCACCAGCGUCAAGAUAUCAAGUCUGGCAGAGGAAAGACAGACAGCAUGAAGGGAGUACCUUGUAGUGAGGAACUAGGCCUACCAGAAACAUCUCCGCUGCAAACACCAGUGAUGUCACAGCUAGGUACACCUGUUGAUGCGACUGUGUCCCAGACAGGGGUACCUGUAACAAGUGAGACCACACCCCCUGUAGGUGUAACAGAGGGUGGACAAGUCUCCCAGACCCCAGGAUGGACUUCAGAGGAUCCACCUGGGAUACCAAAUAUAUUAAAUGAUCUGAAUUCUAGUAGCCUGAGGAUUGAAGACAACAUCCAGGGACAACAGGAGAGCCAGUCAAUGGUUACCUGGCAGACACAGCAGACACCAGUGGCAGUGGCUAAAAUGAGAUCACCCAGUCUCCCUCAGCAGAAGGGAUCUAUGACUAACGCAGCACCUGGUGGGCCUCCAACCUCCAAACUUCUGCGGAGGAUUAUGGAUAUACAGGAUCUUGACAGGAGGGAGUCAAAGAUCCACAUUGACCUGGAAAUGUUACACCAAGAAUUAGAGGAUGUAGAGGAUCGCUCCUCAACCCUUAUUGAUGAAGGGGCAGAUUUUGAUGAUGAAGAAUACAAGAGUCUAACGAGGAGGAAGUUUAAUCUUCAGAAAGAGAGAAGGGAGAUCGAAAAAUAUCUGCGGGAUGUUUUUCCUCAUGAGAGACAAAAGGGAAAUGCUGAUAAAGUCAGCCAGCAAAUUUUCCGUCCACCAAGUUCUAUGCAUGGGCUGCAGAUGGACCCUCAGUAUCCUGUUCAAGGACCAAGAAUGAAUGCCAGCAUGAUAGGGAACAGUGCAGUACUGUUUGGGUCUCAGGAAUCUCCUUUGAGUGCAGCGGGUCAGCAAAUUGGAUACGGAAGCCCAGAAAGCCCGCCCCUAGGUACCUAUCAACCACCAGGUCAUCUUAUUCAUCCUCCAAUGUCUAGUACACCUGGUCCGACUAAGGGACAAAAAAUGAUGGAUGUUUCAUCUCAGAAAGUCAUGGACGCAAACUCCAAUCAAAGUUACCAGUUAUCUCCAGCUUCAAAUGCAGGAAGUAUAGACUUAUCAAACCAAUAUACUCUGGUUCCUUUGACAACUCUUCCCUACAAUGUACCAGCACCUCAAUCGCCAGGCAUGUACACCAGUAUGGGUAUGCAGUAUGGCCAGAAGAUAUCCCAGCCACCUAUGCCAUCUGUACGACCAUUUGAACAAGGUCAAGGUCAGUUGUCACAGCAACACAGCCAAAGUCAUGUCCAAGAAUACUCUAUAGCGUAUCCUCCUGAUAGUCAGCAGGAUAUGUCACAUGAAAAGCAAGUGUCAUCCAAGAGCAGUAAACCUGACAAAACUCAGACAGCAGAUCCUAUGGAAAUAUUAGCCAGAACGGAAAACACUAUCAAUGAAGGUCUUCUGGAGGCCAAUAGAGAGUCAAAUUUAGAGCCACAUAUGCCUUUUACACUACAGAAAGUGCAUUACCCCCCACAAGAAGCUACAAUAUUACCAUUAAUUCAGACUACUGCACCUGGACUGAAAGAGAGGGAGUUUCAGGUUACUUCAUCAACACAGGAUAAUAAUUCAACAAACCUCAAUUCUACUCUGCUCAACAAACAAGUGCAGAGUGAGAAAAAGUCAACAAGAAGAAGCCAGAACUAUUCCCUCCCUGCUCCGAGUAGUUCUGGACAACUUCCUGGAGCUGUGACUCGGAGUAAGUCUGAAGGUGCCCCCUCUAAGUGGAUGUGUGAGCACUGUACUUAUUACAACUGGGCAGACACUAAGGUGUGUGCUAUGUGUAGCAAGACAAGUCAAAACCCUACUUAUAUAUACGACGAGGCUACGACAGCAGCGAUAAAUACCACGACCAGUAGCGGAACACCAAAAACCCUCGUGGAAGAUGAGGAGGAAACCAAAGUUCUUGACCAGGCAGUUCGUCAUGGACAGAGAGCAUACAAUGAAUACAAACAAGUGGAAAUUGAAAAGAAAGAAGCUCAUGAGAAAUUUCAAGAACUGCUAAGACAGGAAGAGGCAGCUAAAGCAGCACUAACUAAGAAACCAUUGCCAGCAGAUUGUGUUGGAUUAGAGUUGGUUGAGGCACCGUCAGCCAGUAAUUCAUACCAAACUGUGAAACCAACAGAACCAAAACCUGAGGAGAAAAAAAUUACAGCAGCAAAACCAACGACACCAUCACCUCCGAUGUCAUUUAGCAAUGCAGGAUUCCAAGGAAGCAAGGAAAUGAACUUCACAGAAAAAAUGAAAGAGUUGAAUUUGAGAAAGAAACAAGAGUCUUUGAUCCAGGAGGGACGUAGUCUCAUAAAAUUGCUAAAGGAAUCUGAGAAGUCAGGCUUUGCUUUGGAAGAUAUCUUUCUUGGUUUGAAGAAAUGUAACCAGGACAUUGAGAAAACUAUGAAAUGGCUAAAAAAUGAUUGGCAGAUGGCUGUGGAAACUCUCAUCACCAUGGUAACCAAUGAAGGAAGAAGGAUGGAGCAAAAUGAAAUUGGAGAGCUUUCCUUCCCUGAGGCCAAAAAGGCCCUGCGGGAAGCCAGUGGUGAUCUAGACGGAGCUGCUGCUAUCUGUAUUGCCAACAGACGGGACAUGUAUAAAGAGAUAUCCAGGAGAGGAAAUUUUGCCCGAGAACAGAUACUGAUGGCCAUGCUGACAAAUAAAGGUGAUGUGGAGGCAGCCCUCGAUGAACUUAACCUGGCCAGUAUCCAACCAUUCUAUGAGCGAGUAUGGGCAGAGUUUGACAAUGUACCACUGGCAGCUGGGGCCAUGGCUAGGCCAAUGGACAUGCAGGAUGAGAUAAGUGUGACGAACAGUAUUCUAAGUCACCAUGACUUCUGGACCUCAGUCACCGAUAAGAAUGUGGAUAUGAAUCGCCGGGUACGGAUGAUACUUGUGGAAGGAAAACUUCAGAGCUGGGGCCGAGCUGAAGUGGUUAUCAAGAUUCUAGACAUAGAUGUCGCCACUAAAAAAGUGGAGGCCUCCCUCGGAGAAAUCGUGGAAGCUGUGAAGAAUUGUCAGGAUUACAAGAGUUCACUUGUGUACCUCAGUCAGGAGUGUGAGAUCUGCACGGGCAAGUUCGCUAUGAGCAGGAUUCGCAGUCUUGGUUCCUGUGAGUGUAAGAUUUGCGUAGAUUGUAUGAAGGGCUAUUUUGAGGUGUGUAUCCGAGAGAAACAUGUCCGUAACCUGAAUUGUCCACUCUGUAACCAGCCGGACAUGGAGGACUCCGAAACAGCUACCAACUAUCUCACCUUCCUCACAAUGCUGCUGCAGACAAUUGUCAGUCAAGAGGAUCUAGAAUUGUAUGACUCAAAGCUAAGAGAUUGGAACCUUCAAAAAGACCCCCACUUCCGCUGGUGUGCACAUUGUGGUAAUGGGUUCAUAUGGGACAGACAUGAUAUCCCUGGAAUGAUUUGUCCUCAGUGUAACAAGAAAACCUGUUACAACUGUAAAAAACAGUGGGAGGACCAGCAUGAGGGUUUGAACUGUGAGGAAUUUGAACAAUGGAAGAUAGAUAAUGACCCAGAAAACCAAGCAAUGGGAGUUGCCAGACAUUUAGAAAUCAAUGGAAUCGACUGUCCCAGCUGUAAGAUGAGAUAUGCCCUGGCUAAAGGAGGCUGUAUGCACUUCAAGUGUCCCCAGUGUGGCCACGAAUUCUGUAGCGGCUGCUCACAACCUUUUGUCAAACAGGGGCCGUGUGUUGGAUACCAGCGUUGUCAGGGUAAAGGGAUACACAGUCAUCAUCCACGCGACUGCUUCUACUAUCUCCGUGACAACAGUGUUGAAGACUUACAGAGAAUACUCAGGGACAAGAAGAUGCACUUUAACCAGGACGCUCCAGAUGCAGAGAAUAUGGGCAGCACCUGUCCAGUGAUGGAACAGAAGGAAAUAGACAGUAAUAAGAAGGAUGAGGCAUGUGGACGAGAUGUAUCAAAAGGACAUGCUGGUCUGUGUGUGAUUCAUUAUAAGGAGUAUCUAGUGGGGGUUUUAAACAAGAACAAGGCAGAUCCUAUAAACAUUCUCAGUGUUAAUGAGAUGAAGAAUCUACUGGAGAGAGAGGAGAAGAAUAUACCAUUACAAAGAGAUGAAGAGCGCGAUGGACAGUAUAGAAGACGUCUUGUCUCGUAUAUUAAGGAGAAAUUGCCUAUCAAACGACACAGGUAAGCAGAACAAGUACUCUGUUGAGCAGGAUAGAUUAUGAAGGUACAUCCAAAACAGACACAUAGACAUCCAACAACAGAAACCUUGGUCACUCUUCAAAACAGGCAGCCAAAGAUCCCAAAGGAUGCAAGUCAUUCAAGGAAGCAGAACUGAUCAAACAGAUAAUAAAAGACAGUCAAUUCCUGGUUAUAACUAUUAACAGAGGUUACAGGUCUUUACAGACGACCAAGGACAUUGACAGUCCUGACAGAGGACCGAGGACAAUAACGGCAGAGGACACUGGUGGUCCAAACAGGUAGUGAAGACAUUGACAGUCCAGAAAGACGGCCAAGGACACUGGCAGUCCAAACAGGUAGUGAAGACAUUGACAGUCCGGACAGACGGCCAAGGACACUGGCGGUCCAAACAGGUAGUGAAGACAUUGACAGUCCGGACAGACGGCCAAGGACACUGGCGGUCCAAACAGGUAGUGAAGACAUUGACAGUCCGGACAGACGGCCAAGGACACUGGCGGUCCAAACAGGUAGUGAAGACAUUGACAGUCCGGACAGACGGCCAAGACUGGUGGUCCUGACAAAUGGUCAAGGUCACUGGUGGUCCUGACAGAUGGUCAAGGUCACUGGUGGUCCUGACAGAUGGUCGAGGUCACUGACGGUUCUGACAGAUGGUCGAGGACACUGACGGCCCUGACAGACAGCCGAGGUCACUGGUGGUUCUGACAGGUAUCCGAGGUCACUGAUGGUCCUGACAGAUGGUCGAGGACACUGACGGCCCUGACAGACAGCCGAGGUCACUGGUGGUUCUGACAGGUAUCCGAGGUCACUGACGGUCCUGACAGAUGGUCGAGGACACUGACGGUCCUGACAGAUGGUCGAGGUCACUGGUGGUCCUGACAGACAGCCGAGGUCACUGACAGUCCAGACAGAUGAUCCAGACUGACGGCCCAAGGACACUGGAGGUCUUGACAGACGACUGAGGACACUGAUGGUUCUAACAGACGGCCACUGACAGUCCGGACAAACAACAAGAUAUGAACGUGCAGCUAAUCUUAAUUGCUGCAGAUACAGUUUCUGAAGUAACACUUGCUCCAGGAACCAACGUGCUGUCUCAAUACCAUACCAUAAAAUGCCACGCAGUGCGAGAUCCAAGACAUUACCAGCACGAGACACAAGAUUUUGAAGUAUUGGAGUGACUUGGCCAUAGAAUACAUUCUAGUCAUUGAAUCCAGUGUUAAUAUUUCUAGGAGUUUGAGGACAGCCUGUGAUCACCUUAAAGCAUUAACAUUCCAUGUCACCAGAUAAUAAAAGAUGUAUAUAUAUGGCAAUUCUGCUACGCAAAAUAUCUUAUUUACUUUCUCAUUGUAUUGAUACAUGUAAUGCUGUUAUCUCACUGUUCCAUGUUUGUUAUAUUUCAUAAUAAAUACAUUGUAUUUACAUGUCAUUAACAUGUUUGGUAAAUUUAUGUUUUUGUAAAAUGAAAUUUUAUUCUAAACUAACAUUUUACAUAAUUGAGGAGUUACGCUGUACAUAUUAGAUGUACUGUACAUAUAAUUACAUUUUAAGCUUGUUUUUUUGUUUUUUUUUAAGUAAGUACUAAUUAAUUUUACUAACAUUCAUACAUACAAUUUAUAUGUAAAAGCAUUUUCAUUAUAUAUGCAUAUAUUAUGUAAAUACGUUUUAGUGAAUACCAAAAUCUACGCACCAAACAAAUUUUUCACUUGAUCAAUGGUGUCAAGUGAGCUUUUGAGAUAUAUUGUCAUCUCGAUUUUAUUGAAUAAUUCUUUCUUCAUGAAAACACUGACGACUGAUUGAUUUAUACCAGGAAGUUAUCGUUAAAUAGUAUUAUUGAGGUUUUCGGGAUAUGUACUGUAAUCAUAUUUGAUAUAUUAAUAUUUCAUUUUCUGGCAAUAAGCCCAUACCAAGUUAUAAUGAAGCACAUCCCUAUCUGUAAUUCUUAAAAAUGACCAACAAUUACUAUUUCAGUGUCCUGUAAUAGGCCCAGCUGCUGACUUUGAAUGUCAGAGUUGCUUUGUGUUUUCUGCCUCAGCUUAUUGCAGGGUAAAUGCAUAAAUUAAUUUUAGUAGUUUUCUUUGAGGUGAAACAUGCAUGUUAAAAAAUUGGAGAGUGUUGUCUGGACCAGAUCAUUUUACUCUGGUCUAGUUUUAUUGAAGUGGAUUUGUAUUUUCACAUUCUUAUUAAAGAUUAGACUUUCUCUACAAGACCCUGGAAGAUGUAGCUUAACAAUGUUUUAAUCAAGAGUUUCACCAUUUACGUUUUCAUUGGGAUUAAAAAAACAAGCUUGAAGUUUUAUUGCAGUUCUAAUCUAAUUUUUUAAUUGUUAUUUUCAUACAUGUUCUCACUGUAUUACCUAGAUAUUUUUAAUUUGUUCUGUUUCACAUUGUUUUGCGCUUAUUUACAACACUUCGUGCAUCAUGUUGUCAUCUUUUCGAUAAGUGGAUAUUUUGAUUUUCAUUCUUGUUGUGUUCGUAUACUGUAUUUAUCCAACAAUAAACUCGUGUGUAGGCUUACAAACCAUAUUCAUUCAUUGUGAAAAUCAUAUCAUGUAAUAAACCAAGGCAUUACUUCCGUUAAGAAUAAAUAGCAAGAAAAUAUGUUUCAUGGCUCUACAAUAAGCCAAUCCUCAUACUUUAGUGAAAGUUAUGUUUGCCCGCUAGCCUUACUGCAGAAUAAAUACGGUAUUACCUUUUUGUUGAUGUAUUUCUCUGUUCAUCUGGAUGUUUUAUGAUAUAAUGUCGAUGAUGUUGUUUGCCCAGAAUAUUUUGAGUCAUAGACUAUUAACACCAAAAGAUGAAGCCAGUCUGUAUUAUUUUAGCAAGUGUUAUGGGAAAUUACUGAUUUGCUCUACCAUAUUUUUGUAAAACAUCAUUUUCUUAGGUUGAUAUUAAUCUGAAAUGGUGAUAUUUCAACUCUUUGCUUUUUUGAUAUCAUUAUGCAUUUGAUGCGAGAAAGUUAUAACAUCACGACGGAAACUCGUGGAACCUACAGACAAUCUUAGUUCUGAUAUUGUCCUUAAUUGAGAGGUCAGAAAAUACUAUAUGUAAUUGGUGUUAUGACAAUGAUACUAGGAAGUUAUGUGAUAAAUAUGUUUGUUUAUAUGUACACAGUAAAUAAUCUUGAAUUGC